GUUGACCGCAUUCUGAAAAACCAUUCAGGCAUUGGUGUGAAGGCCUUCAAGUUUCAUGUUCCUUCAGUUUACAAUGGGGAUAGUGCUCAUCUUGAUCAUCUGGACAGUUGGCUUCAGAUUGCUGUUAAACCAGGGCUCAAUGAACUAAGGCUUAUUCUGACAACAGACGGAAAGUACAACUUCCCAUGCUCACUUUUAUCUGGUGAAACAGGAGACCCUCUUCGGUAUCUUUCUCUUGCAUGUUGUCACUUUCAUCCAACCGUCAAACUAGGUUGCUUCAGAAGCUUGACAAAAUUACAGCUGUCUGUGGUGCAUAUUACAGCCAGUGAGUUAGGGUGGUUUCUUUCCAAUUCUUUUGCUUUGGAGCAGUUGAAACUCUGGUAUCGCAAUGACAUAGAUUGCCUGAAGAUACCCUGCCUGCAGCGGCUCAGCUACCUUGAGGUGGUAUGUUGCACCGGUCUUCAAGCGAUAGAAAGCAAAGCUCCAAAUCUCUCUAGUGUUUGGGUUACAGGUGACCUCCAUAUACAGCUCUCACUUGAAAACACAUGCCGUAUUAAGAUAUUAAACAGGCACUGUAGCAAUUUCACCUUUUAUGCUCGUACCAAUCUUCCAUCCAUCAUGCCAAAUCUUGAAGCUCUUUCCAUACGUUCUGACAUUGGGAUGGUGAAUACACCAAUGGUGUCUAGCAAGUUCCUCCACCUCAGGUUGUUGAAGAUUGCUGUUGGUGGUCUGACGUUUGAUUUUUUAUCUCUCGCUUCUUUUCUUGAUGCCUCUCCUUCACUGGAGACUUUCAUCUUGGAGGUGAUCCGAGAAUUCAAGGAGUGUGUCUCGGUUUUUGAAGAUCAGUCGGAUCUUAGGAUGAUGCCAGGGCACCAUCCUUCCAAGCUUAAGCAUGUAAAGAUCAUCAAAUUCUCUGCUGCCAAGAGCGUAGCUGAGUUAACAUGUCAUAUUCUGGAGUCUGCAACUUCACUCGAGAGCCUUACAUUGGACACCACUCAUGGUAUGCCUAGGUGCUCUGUCAACAGAAUUGGCAAAUGCGUCUUCCUGCUCAAAGAAGCACUCGUGGAAGCCCAAAAGGGAGUCUUGGCUGCCCAAGCGUUCAUCAAACCGAAGGUUCCCUCCACAGUUGAGUUCAACGUUUUUGAGCCUUGCAGCCGGUGCUAUGCUGUUGAACUUUAGAUCGAUGGUGUAGUUAUCAUAAUUAUUUCAGUAUUGUCAGAACUGUCAGUAUUAGUUUUGGUGGUGUCCCAGGUGAGGUGAGGUGUGCUUAUCAAACGAUUCGCUGCAGUAGCAGGACCUGUAUCCAUUUGGCAAGUGCCGCUGACCUCGCUAUGCAUUCUGGAUUCUGGAACGCAGACGGCAGCAUUCCCCGACUCGGUUUGAUGCUGCAGAUGCCGUUAACAGUCUGUUGCUUC